GUCAAGUUAAAAACAAAAAUAAUUAUUUAGCAAAAAUAUGUUUUCAUCUUGGUUUCGCAAAAUUCAAAUUGAACGCCAAGUACCAAUCGGGGAAGGGGGAUUUAGCUUAGUUUUACUCGGGAAGUUUAAUGGUCAUGAAGUUGCAGUGAAAAAAGUUGAGUUGCGUAACGUUAGUGAUAACGAGGAAAUAGUGUUGAAACAAUUGGACCAUCCCAAUGUCAUCAAAUUAUUUUACUCUGAAAGCGACGCCAAUUUCAAGUAUUUCGCUUUGGAACUCUGUCGCGCAUCUUUAGAUCAGCUGUUUCUAAAGCCUGAUCAUCCGCGAAAAUACAAAGGACCCAAAUUACCACAUCAUUUGACAGUUUUUAUUCAGUUGGCUACGGGUCUCGAGUACAUUCACUUCAAGAAUUUAAUUCAUCGAGAUAUCAAACCGGCAAAUGUUCUUAUAUCCGUCGAUUCUGAUGGAUUAGUAACAAUCAAAUGGGCGGAUUUUGGAUUGUCCCGAUUCGUUAACGAAAGAGGGACAUGCACGCUAAGCGGAAUCAAAGGAACUAUGAACUGGUUGGCUCCCGAGUUGCUGAGAAGUCUUGAAAACAACCCAGAAGAACCAGGACGAGGUACAGUCAAGAGCGACGUCUUUGCAUUAGCUCUCGUCUUUGGCUAUCUUCUCUUGGGUGGGCAACAUCUUUACGGGCAGGGGAUUGAAGUUCCUAUAAACAUCGUGAAACAAGCAACGGUCAAUAUGGAAAAAAUUGAUAACCCGCCUUACGCUCGGCUUCUAUGCAAAAUGUUGAAGGACGAAUCUGGCAAGAGAAUUUCCUCGUCUGAAGUUGGCAAUGAAUUAAAAUCUAUCAAAAAUGAGAAAGAAGAAGAAUUCAGACGACUGUGCUGGCGAACAAGUUUGGAUCUAGAGGAAAUCAAACUCUUAAUCCAAUUCGGGAUCGAUGUCAAUGGAAAGGAUAAUGACGGGUGGAAUGCACUUCAUUAUUUGUGUCUAUAUAAAUCAAGUGAGAAAUUAAUUUACGCAAUCAAACUCUUAAUCCAAUUCGGGAUCGAUGUCAAUGGAAAGGAUAACGACGGGAGGAAUGCACUUCAUUUCCUGUGUUGGCAUAAUUCAAGUGAAGAAUUAAUGGACGCAAUCAAACUCUUAAUCCAACUCGGAAUCGAUGUCAAUGGAAAGAGUAACAACGGGUGGAAUGCACUUCAUUAUUUGUGUUAUUAUAAUUCAAGUGAGAAAUUAAUGGACGCAAUCAAACUCUUAAUCCAACUCGGGGUCGAUGUUAAUGGAAAGGAUAACGACGGGUGGAAUGCUCUUCAUUUCCUGUGUCGAUUUAAUUCAAAUGAUAAAUUAAUGGACGCAAUCAAACUCUUAAUCCAACUCGGGAUCGAUGUCAAUGGAAAGAGUAACAACGGGCGGAAUGCACUUCAUUAUUUGUGUUCGAAUAAUUUAAGUGCUGAGAAAUUAAUGGACGCAGUCAAACUCUUAAUCCAACUCGGGAUCGAAUCGAACGGCUUUGAUGCGCGAUCUAUAUUACAUAAAAACCAACACAGAAGAGAAAAUAUUGAAAAGAUCAUCGAAUUUCUUGAUAGAGCAGCCAUUUCUCAUCAAAAAUAAUUGUCAGUAUCUACUGAGAGACAUCGAAAAAACCAUCGCACGCGUUGACAUGAUUCCGAUCAAUAAUACACCAAUUAGUUGCAUAUAUUUACCAAUUGUUGAUUAUUUUACAAUAAUCAGUUAUCAUUAAAUUCCAGUUUCAUCAGGUGUGUAUUUAUUAUAUUUUGAUCAACGUACAAUCCAAUACUACACAAUUAACAUCAAUACUCCAGACAAUACCAUCCGUCUCAAAAUUUUUACUUUAAUUGAACUGUAACUGCUG